AGUUGACAGGAAAGGGUGAUCUAUGUCGUGGGCGGUAGAGCUUGUCACAGCCAGAGUCAGAAGUACGGCUUCCAGCAAUCUUGUGUCGAGUCACUGGUCCUUUCGAACCAGAUCUGGAGACAUAGCAGAGAUUUCUGAAGUGAUUCGCUGAGAGCACUAGUUGCUCACUUUCUGCUUCGUCUGUUGACUCCGUUCGAAUAAAAAUGCACCGCUGGAUCCCGGAAGUUUUGCGGCUUAUUUUCGAAUUUGUCUAUGAUCCCUUACACACAGAAGAGGAUAGAAAGGGUCGCGUCACAGCUGCCGGUUUAGCAAGAACGUGUCGAGCAUUCAAAGGCCCUGCCCUGGAUGUCCUGUGGCCUCGGCUACAUUCUUUGGAUGCACUCGUCCUCUGCUUCGGUGGGAGGCGAGAUCGUAACAAUCGAUUAGCGAGUGAGCCAUCAUGAUUUCCCCCCAUUACUCAGAUCCAUUGGCACUUAGAUCUGGGACCGUCCAUUGUACGACGCGGACUGGCGCAUUCUCGUGCGUUAUGCAGAACGUGUCCGCACGCUAACAGUCUCAUUGAAUACAUGGGACAUCAGCAUCAUGCAACUUCUGAGCUGUUUUCAUCUUCUAGGACCCCUUCUUCCGAACCUCACAGUGUUGAAUUGGUUGUCUAACCGUGAAAACUUCUUCCCUUUCUUGCAUUGUUUCUGUUUGACGACCCUCGAUCUUUCACCCACCUCGUGGAGUGUCCGAAAGUGUGCCGUUGUUGCAUCGCUU